GCUCUGGAUCGCGAUCCACUCCGUCCCUCACUUGGUGUCCGGACGUCGGAGGCGGAGCGGGUUUCCUCUAAAUCCACCGAGAGGCACGGUGGCCGCGGCUGGUGAGAGCGCCGCUCCCAGUACCGAGCGAAAUGAAUGGGGAAGGGACGCUCGGUUCGAGGUCCCGGCACAGCCGCUGGAGGUCGCCUUGCGCUCCCUGGAGCAGAGCUCUAGGCGGCAGGACAGUGUAGAGAGUUUGAGCGAAAGUGAGUUGGGAUUAAUUUAGGCGGUGAACGCCGGUGUCGCGCUGUCCCAGGGCGGACUCCGGAGAGGUCUCGGCACCCGCUGAAGUCCAGCGGCGAGCGCAAAAUGAUGCUUCAACAUCCAGGCCAGGUCUCUGCCUCAGAAGUCAGUGCAUCCGCCAUUGUCCCCUGCCUCUCGCCUCCCGGGUCACUGGUAUUUGAGGAUUUUGCUAACCUGACACCCUUUGUCAAGGAAGAGCUGAGGUUCGCCAUCCAGAAUAAGCACCUCUGCCACCGGAUGCCCUCUGCGCUGGAGUCAGUGACCAUCAACAACAGACCCCUGGAGCUUGCAGUCACCAAAGCUGAGGUGGCCCCUGAAGAAGAUGAGCGGAAAAGGAGGCGGCGGGAAAGAAAUAAGAUUGCAGCUGCCAAGUGUCGAAACAAGAAAAAAGAGAAGACGGAGUGCCUGCAGAAAGAGUCAGAGAAACUGGAGAGUGUCAACGCUGAGCUGAAGGCCCAGAUUGAGGAGUUGAAAAAUGAGAAACAGCACUUGAUAUACAUGCUCAACCUGCAUCGGCCCACGUGUAUUGUCCGGGCUCAGAAUGGGCGAACUCCGGAAGACGAGAGGAACCUCUUUAUCCAGCAGAUAAAAGAAGGGACAUUGCAGAGCUAAACAGCAGCAUCGUGGGGGCAACUGGGGAGUCCUUACCGAAUCCUCCUUUUCCACCCCAAACCCUGAAGCCAUUGGAAAACUGGCUUCCUAUGCACUUCUAGAAUCUCAGCAGCCGAGAGCCGUUGGGGCAGGAGGGUCUGUGGUGACCACUGUGUUGCCCCACUCUGUCCCAGAGUGAACUGUGGCAUAGGGCAAGAGCAUCCUUUGGCUCACUAACCCCAGGCUUCAGGCCUUACCAUCCUGGCCAUUCUCAGAUGAUCUAGCUUGGCCCCUGGCUGGGGUCCCAUACCAAGCAGGAUGCCCACUAAUGGGAUUCAUGCAGAAGUGUCUGCCUCAGUAGGUGGGGUGGGACCACGUGCUCUGCCGUAGCUGACACCAUCCUUCCUAGGGAAUGUGGAACGAGAAGGCUCAUUACCGAGGUCGUCCAAUGGCCAGGGUGCGCUUCUAGAAAAAACGCUAUUGCGUCCCGGAAGGACUGUGCACAGGGCGUUUGUUUCAGAACCAGGUGUUGUGCUGUUUGCGUGUUUGUCUUCCACAACCUUGUCAUGAUUUUUCCGGGAGUUUCCUCAGAACCGAUUUCUGAGAGUUUGGGAGUCUGCCAUCAUGGACAGUAUCCCUCGAAAGCAUUCAGGUGACCAUGUGAGCUCGCUUGCCCCAGAGGAGUGAGAUUGGCCCGAUGGCCAGCUGUGCCACUUUGUGCUGACAGAGGACGCCUCCUUUCCCUGUACCCAUUGCUGAGGAAGAGUCUGGCCACGACAGCAGGUCCUUGGCUGCAGACUGUCACAGAAAGAAGGCACAAAGAAAGUCCAGCUUCCAAAGGGUAGGACUUUCCUUCCCAGUCAGUGACAGGAAGAGCCAGAGAUUCUCCAUUUUUCUUUCACAGCCUGUGGAGACGCGGGUUGGAAGCCAGGUGCAGGGCCAGGCUUCUGCGUGCUGGGAUUGUCAAUGGCACUGUUUUUGCUUUUGAGAUGCGGCCCAGAGCGGUUCAGCUGGGAGGCCCCUCCCUCUGGCCACCAGGACUCUGGCUACUGUUAAAAUUCUGACGUUUCUGUGAAAUCCUCAGAGUGUCUAAUCCUACUUAGAAGUAUCAUUAUGACUUUUCUGUGAGAGAAAAUAUUACUUAUUUAUCCUGAUAUUCCUAGCCUGUCAACAUAAUAAAUAUCAGAAUAAGACAUGACAAACAAGUGCUGUGCUGGUUUCUACUGUUGAAAUAGCGAUUCAGCUGUGGGGUGCUUAGCAUUGAACACUUGGAGACAACUUCAUUCACGGGGAGAACACAGGUAGGGCAGUUGGGCUCUUUUAAGUCUGUGGGUGGUUUGUCUGCAUGUACGUCUGUGUGCCGCAUGCAUUCAGGGCCUGAGAAGGCCAGAAGAGGGCAUUGCAGAGAGCUGUGAGCCACCAUGUGGGUGCUGGGAAUGGAACCCAGGUCCUUAAGUAUGUGUAUGCAUGUAUGUUUGUGAGGGGGGUGUGUACAUGUGUGCAGUUGCUCAGAGAAACCUAGCCCAGGGGGAUGACUUCUCACCUUGUGCCUUAGGUUGUUGCUUGAUGCUCAGUUUCUCAUCAACAAACCCUGAAACAGCACUCCAUGUGUCCUGCAUACCAACUGUCUGGCACUAAGAUUGUUUUUGAGAGAGAGAGUCUCACCGUUGUAGCCCUGGGUGGCCUGGAGCUUACUAAGUAGCCCUGGGUGGCCUUGAACUCCCAGAGGGGCUACCUCUGCCUCCAGAAGGCUAGGUUUAAAGGCCUGCUUCACCCUGCCUGGCUUAUGAUAGAUAUUUUUAUGUAAAAUUCAAAUAGCUAGAUAUUUUAGUCAUCAGUUUCUCAAACAUACAAAUAUACCUAAAACAUACACGUUUUCAGCUUGAGCCUUUUUACAGAUUACAUUGAGUUUCAGAGGGGCUGGCACAUGCGUGCACCAUAGCACGUGUGUGGGAGUCAGUUUCCUCCUUCCGCCAUGCGGGGCCUGGGAACUGAACUCACCAGCUGAAGACAUCUCUCUGGCUCAGCUUGAGGCUCUUGAACUUGCCUUCUGCCACCGUGCUCCUCAAACAAGUAUUAUAGACCUGUUAACAUCCAUAUGUGCCACACAGCACACAUGUAUGUACUUCAAAUAUCAGGAAAGGAUGGGACAAUUUUUGACAAGUCGGAUAAAGUUGUUUCAAGAAAGGUAAUCCUAAUUUUCUGGAAUUUCCUGACCCAGUGAUUUUUCCCUCCCCCUCUCCCCCCUCCCCUCUCUCUUUCCCCCCCUCUUCCUCAUUCCUCUUUCAAUUUGUAGUGCUGGGGAUUGAACCCAGGCCUUGCACCAAAGCCCUCCCUGACUGGCAAGCCAGCACGGGAAUCUAAGUCUCAAUAGACUGAGGUUUACUUUGCAUGGGCAUAUGCAAAACAAGCUGGGAAUCACAACUGGCCACUCCUCUAUUAUCACUGAACUGUUCUUCAGACCCAUGAAUGUGAUUUUUAGAAAACUGCAUUAAUUGGUUUGUGGGGUAGGGUGAACCACAGCUUGUGUGGAGGUCUGGGAGUCGGUUCUUUCUUCCACUGCAUGAGACCUGGAGAUCAACUCAGGUCCUCAAGUUUGGCAGCAAACACUAUUACCAGCUCAGCUGGCUAGCCAGCCCUAUGUACCUGCUUGUUUGAACUGUUCUGUAGUGCUUUUAAACUAUCUCAUGUUACAGGCAUGGUUGUAUUUCUGGUUGCUUCUAAUCAGUAAAGAGUCAUCUACCACUCUA